CCCAAAAAGCAAGCGCAGGCUCAGAGCUCAGCUUGGUGUGUGCUGGAGCUCGACACUGCCAUCAUGAGAGUGCUUUGGUUACUGCUGCUGGCCGCCGUCGCCUCGGCCUUCGAGGUCGGCAAGGAGUAUGUGUACGAAUACAAGGGAACCAUGUACGUCCUGAACCCUGAACAGCGACACCAACUGACCGGCCUGGGAUUCCGAAGCAAGGUCGUCGUACAGCCCAAGCCAGAUCACACGCAUUUCAAGAUUGCAAACUUCGAAACUGAGACCUUCAACUCGGAGGAGAUCCACCUGAAUCACCACGAGUUCCACUACACGCCGAACAACCACCACAACGAGGCCCUCGAACACCCCUUCGCCGCAAAGUUCGACGAAGGAAAGAUUGGGGAGAUCGCGCUCGGCAAGGACGAACCCCUUUGGUCGAAGAAUGUCAAAAAGGGCAUACUGUCCCUCUUUCAAUUGGACCUCGUCAAGGGACGUCAUGAGCACCACCGUGAGAAGGAGUACCACGUCAGAGAGGAUGGUCUCCACGGCGCCUGCGAUACCCUGUACGUGGUGCGCGCGGAAGGUCACGAUUACAUCGAGCUGACCAAGAUUAAGAACUUGCAGAAGUGCGACCACCCCGCGCACGCCACCAUGGGCCGGGAAGUGGCCAGGAAGUGCGUGAAGGGCGACACGCAGGAAACGCACCCGUCCACCCCAACAUCCGAGGUGUAUUACGAGCUGAAGGGAACGGCUCAACACUACGUGAUCACGCACGCCUGGGCCGAGUCCGGAUACCUGUUCAGGCCUCACGGAGAGGGCAAGAAGAUCCACCUGAAACUGAAUCGCACCCUGGACCUCCAGGAAGAGCACGAUGCCGUCACCGACACCUCGCUCGGCGAGAACCUCGAGAAAGAGCACUCUCUGGCACAGGAGUUCGGCACCACGGGAGACCUGACGAACCCCCAGGAACUCAAGCACCCCAACGCUCUCUUCAGGCACUUCGAAGUCCACAGCAACAAGGAAAAGUUCGCGGAAGGCCUGCACCAGCUGGCGAGCCUAGAGUACACGGACGAGGACAUCAAGGAAAUCGACCAGAAGCCGAGCGGAGGCCAGCUCUUCCUGACGCUAUUCAACUCUUUCAUGGCCUUCGACUACGACGAGAUCAGCUGGCUGUACCAGAACCACGUUGUCUCCGCACCAGAAGAGCAGAAGGGAAGCACGCUCCGCGCCUUCUUGGACCUACUGGCUGCUGUCGGCAUGAACCCGCACGUCGCCUUCGGCUUGAACUUAAUCAAGAACAACGAGGUCAGCAAGCAAGACGCCCACAAAUUCUACGCAAAACUGCACCUGAACCUGAAGGAAGUCAGCACUGCCUUGAUCCUCGAAAUUGCCGACUCUUGUAAAUCGGAGGCCGUCAAGAGCCACCGGGAGACUUGGAGCUCCUGCAAGCUCGCCGCCAGCACGAUCGCGAGCAGCAAGGGAUGCAAGCACGCCCACAACGACCACGAGGAGGACCACGGCACCUGCAAACCCGAGAUCGUCUCUCACAUCUUUAACUACUCUGUGACCCCGGCCGACACGCACGGCGAACACCUGUUCGAGACCACCGUCUACCUGCGAACGGCCGGCAACCUGGGUACGCGCAAGGCCAUGCACUACCUGGAGCGCUUCAUCUGCAAUUGCCAGGAGGAGCCCAAAAGGAUGGCCGCCAUGUGGGCCCUGAAGCAGGCAUCAAAGAACCAUCCUGAACUGGCUCGCGCCAUCGCAUUGCCCGUGUUCUACAACACCAGCGAACCCAGCGAGAUUCGUAUAGCCGCCUUCCUGACCAUCUUGUUCAGCCACCCUGAGAUGUACCUGCUUCGCCACAUUGCCGUUGAAAUGCUCACGGAGCCCAGCGACCAGGUGGUGCACUUCGUGUCGAGUGCGUUCCGCACUGUGGCCAAGUCGCAGUACCCCUGCCAUCGUGAUCUUGCCCAGCACAUGCGCUAUGUGCUGCCAGAAUGGGACCAUGACACGAGGUUCAAGAGGCCAGUAGACAGGUCUUCGUCUCACCUGACCAUAUCGUCCACAUACAGCCCCAAAUAUGACUACGGUGGCAUGACGUCCAUGGAGAUGAUCCGCUCGCAUGACAGCUACCUGCCCCGCAACUGCUACGUCAUGAUGAGAGACUACAUUUGCGGCCACUCGUACGACACGCUCACCCUCGAGUUCGAGAACUGGGGCAUGGACAAGCUGAUGAGCAGCAUGCUGGGCCCGCGUCCAGGAUCCUCGAAGAACCUCUGGAACUUCAUGGCCCAUCGCCGCAUCCCGCGUGAUGCAUCGGCUAAGGAGCGAAAUGAGAUCGAGAGUUCCCUCCACAUCGCCGACCGAGAGUACGACCCAUUUUACGCCCGCCUCACCCUGUCCAUCUUCGGAAAGACCACCGACACCUUCAGCAUCGAUGAGAGCUUCUUGUCGAAAGUGCAGGGUAAAGCAAAACCAGAAGAGGCGGUCCAGCACUUGCUCGGCGCCGACGUCAACAAGAAGUACUUCUAUCUGACCAAAGACAUGGCUGUAAUAAUGCCUAGCGAGUUGGGAGUGCCAGUCUUCUACGUCUUCAAGAAGGCCGAGUUCAUGUACGCAAAGAGGGACAAGAUGGCCCUCACCCACGGCGACAACGCGGAGUUCCACUUGGGCAUCAAGCGCCACUACGUAUUCGACGUGGCCUCGUACCAGAUGUUGGGAUUCACGCCGGAGUUCACCAAGCAGAGUUUUGGAACCGGCAGCAACGCAAGGACCACCAUCUCCUGGCCUCUCGAUCUCAAGGUGACAUUCGCACCUCUCGAGGGCAAACUGAGCCUGCACCGUCCACUGCACCUGCCCUGGAACGUCCUCAACCAUCAGUUCCGGCCCUUCACCUUCGCCAUGCCCAACGACAUUCACGCCGAUCCAUCGCACGCACUCGCUGAAAUGCCCAAGCUGAUGAAGCCUCUCUACCGACCUGAAGAGCUGACCGAGUUCGACCGUCACUACUUCGACGACACCUUCGGCGUAGGUCUGCAGGUCAAGGGUCACCUGAUCAAGAGGGGCCUGCGUCAAGCCGUGCGGGAAGUGUACCACGACAUGUCGUGCCGGGAACGCUUCUACUAUAUGAUCGUCAACCCACACUGGCACCCACGUGACAUCAAGAUCUACGCCCUCCCCGCUGCUCAAGAUCCCUCCACGGAGCUGAACAUCGACAUUUCGUACAAGUUCUUGGAGCCGGACGACGAGCGGCACAGCCACUUCAAUGUUCACGACAAAAUCGGCGACGACCCCGAGGUGCCGUCUACGCACGUUCUGCGUCUCGAAGCCGGCUUGAAAGGCGCCGCCAAGGAGCGCCACGCGACGGCCGAGUUGCGGUACUCCUUCAACCACGACCUCUUCAAGCACAAGAUGCAGUUCUUUUACGAGAAGACACCCUUCGGCCAACAGGACACCCAAAUGAAAAUCUGCCUGGACGCAUCAGCGAAGUUCCCUCAUCCUGACUGGACCAUAACUAACAUGGCUAAAUUCUACACGGGAAAGGAAGUGGACGCUCACCUUAACGUCCACUAUGGAGCCAGCUGCGAAGCGGGAACCUCCAUCACAGUGAACGGCAAGUUCACACACACCGACGAGGACGAACAGCAGCUGGCCGCCGCGGCGGAAGGCAAGGCCAUCGGCAGGGACAGGUUCAGCAGCACCUUCCUCCACUGGCUCGCCAACAAAUGCCACAUGAAGCAAGAGAAGGGCAUCCCCUUCAGCCACUACUGCUACAGGCUGCUGCGUUACUCCAGCCGCCUCGGAAAGUUCACCGCCGACGUGGAGUGGAAGAACUACAAGCCCCUGCUGCACCGCCUGGCUAAGUACUACAACAAACGCUACGCGUACAAGCCCUGGAAGGCCGGCUUCCUUGGCGUGCUCGCUUCGUACUUCACGGGCGACCACGGCAAGCUGCACGUCGUCUCGCAAUCUCCCUGGUGGCGUUGCGGCGAGAAGCCGCACACUAACAUGAUCGUCACGACCGAGGACGGCCACAGCCACGAGCACUGGGGAGUGCCCACCUUCAGCAAGAUCCUCGAGCCGAGGAUUUUCACGGUAGCCGGAUACACGCAGGCGGCCGAGUACUCCAAGCUGUACAGGCACAGGUUCUGUGACCUACAGGCCCAUGGCGUGCGCACUUUCGACGGCACUCUGAUCGAGCUGCCCGAUACCGACUGCUUCAAGGUGGUCGCCCGCGAUUGCUCGCCUUCCAAGAGGUUCCUCGUCUUGGCUCGUGCCACGAACAACCCUUCGCUGACCAAGGCCCUGAAGAUGUUCAUCGACACGACGAUGAUUGAGAUUUUGCCACUGGGCGAGGAUUCCGGCUUGGUGCUGCGAGUGGACGGCAACAAAGUGGACAUCACGCCCGAGCACUCGUACAGCCACACCUCACACGACGCCGAGCUCUUCAGGGUCAAGACCGCGGGCGGCAAGGUGUUCACGCUGGACUCCGAGUCGUACGGACUCCACGUAUAUUUCACCGGAAACCUACUCUUCGUCGAGGUGGCUCCGUUCUACCGCGGAAAACUGUGCGGCCUGUGCGGCGACUACAACCUGGACAAGAACCACGAGCUGUCCGGGCCCGACGGUCACCAGUACAACAACACCCUGGAGUUCGCCACGAGCUACGUGGUGCCCAGUCCCGACUGCCACGCGCCGGCCCACUAACCGUCGUCGGCGGCGGCGCUCACUCAUCACGUCAUCGCACUGAGCACGUCUCCCACAAACUCACUUGAAGAUUACAAAAGAAGAGAGAGUGAGAUUUGAAGAAAGCGAUCGCUUAUGCUCGCUUUUAUCGUCAACAAGCGAGGAGUUUCGGAACAAACUGUCAAGUUUUAAAUUUCGCCAAGACGUCACGAUAUAGUUCUUCAUCUGCAAUGGAAAAUGUAAAAAAAAGUCAAUAAACAAAACCCAAAGUGUUAUGUUA